AUGGUGCCCGCAGGCUGCCAGCCCCCAGGGCCCAGCCGUCUCCCCACGCUCAGCCAGGGCGGAGGCAUUUCCGACGCCUGGAACACGGUCACACCACCCUCCUCCUCCUCGCUGCUCCCCCUUACCGCAGCAGGUGAUGGUGCACAAGCCAGACCCCCGCAAUGCUCUCUCCCUCAUCCUGCAGGCUACUUCAUCCACGACAGCCUUGACAUCAUCUUCAACCACCAGUCCCGCUCCUCCUGGGAGUACCUCGUGCACCAUGCCAUGGCCAUCUCUGCCUUCGUCUCGCUCAUCAUCACGGGCCGUUUCCUGGUGGCGGCAAUGCUGCUGCUGCUGGUGGAGGUGAGCAACAUCUUCCUCACCGUCCGCAUGCUGCUGAAGAUGAGCAACGUGCCUUCCCCGGCGCUCUACGAGGCCAACAAGUACGUCAACCUGGUGAUGUACUUCAUCUUCCGCCUGGCACCCCAGUCUUACCUCACCUGGUACUUCCUCCGCUACGUGGAGGUGCAGGGCCAGGGUGCCUUCCUCACCACCAACCUCCUGCUGCUCGACGCCAUGAUCCUCAUGUACUUCUCCCGCCUCCUCCGCUCCGAUUUUUUCCCCUCCCUGCGUAAGGGCUCUGCGGGGAGAGACGUGGAUGGUGAGAAGUUUCUGAUAGACUGAGACGUGUGCGCCGAGGGGGACCCGGGCUCCGGCUCCUGGGGGUCUUAGCCUCUCCAAACCUGCUCUGAUGUGCCUUAGCUCCCUGGCCCUGGGCCCUGCCUUCACCUGCUCUGCUGCCUAAAAGUGCUUCCCUGCUGGACCAGCCCGACAGCCUCACCGAACCGCGGGGACGCCGCCGAAGCCAGGGGCACGGCCGAUGGAAAAGCAGCCCAAGCCGGCUUCCGCGCAGGCAGCUGAUGG